AUGGAUAAACCAAGCUUUGCUUCUUUCCUUUCUGCGCCACUCAAGUCCCUUGAACUGCGUCACUCGUCUUUUCGGUUAUUUGAGGAUGUCAUUCGUUCCCAUAUCGAAGAGCCAUAUCGGGAUCUUGAGGAGCUUGUUGUUGAAUUUGAUGAUCAUCAGCAGCUUAUCACAGAAUUAAUCCUCAAGCAUAAUAACUUGAAGAAGCUUUGGGUUACUCAAACUUACUACAUGUCGGGUCGUGAUAAUUCUUUCGAUCGAGUCAUGAUCCCUGGCCUUGGAAAGGGUCUAUUUAAUAACCUCCGCUCCUUGUAUAUUCAAUGGGGAGGUCAAAACCAGGAUGCCGGCCUCGAAGCCGACCAUUUUGACAUCAUGCCGGAGUCUUUAGCGGCUAUCUGCGAGAUUACGACCCUAGAGCAGUUGGGCCUACGCUGUGCUAAGAUGGUCCGAUGGGGAGAAUACACAGAGGACACCUUUCCGAUCUGGCUCAUCGACCAUGGAAAACUGCAAUCUCACCUACAAAAUCUCAAGAACCUCAAGUUGUUAGUCAUAAGAGGAGAUACCUAUCCCCCAAGGGUCAACGAAGUUUUCGGACAUCGUUGGUACUACAGAUCGAACUGCGCGAACCAAGAAGAUUUGCAGACCGCGAAGGAUCACCCAGAGCUCGCUCCUUUCGUGCAGGGCGAUAACGAACAAACUUUAGCUUGGAAACAUGCACAUCUGUAUCGCAUGCUUGAGUAUGCAAGGGGUUACCGAAAAGUGUUGCCAAAGCUUGAAUGGAUGCUUUGUGGACAACGGCCGAUGAAAUUCAUGGAGGACGCUGAUGGAGUUAUCCAGCCCCAUCCCGUCGGCAACGACGUGGAUGAGUGCAAAACGUUCAUCGGACGAGUUUUUGGCCUUGCUUCUGAGGUUGAAAUAGCACAUCUGAAGGACUAA